AUGCCCCGUGUUUCGUUGCUCCUCGCCGGCCUUCUGCUAACUGCCAGCUCAGCCUAUCUUUCUGAAUCAUGGAUGCUCAGCUCGGAACGACCGUCCGGGCCUCGAUGUGUGCCCAUACCACACAAUCUCACCAUUUGUUACGGCAUGCAGUAUAACCAAAUGCGACUACCGAAUCUAUUGGAGCACGAGACUAUCAACGAAGCCAUACAUCAAUCAAGUGAUUGGAAAUCAUUGUUACAGUUAAACUGUCAUCCCGAUACGCAGCUAUUUCUAUGCUCUUUAUUCGCCCCCAUAUGUCUGCCAACCAUGGACAAGGAGAUCCUACCCUGCCGAUCACUUUGCGAAGCUGUAAAGCAG